AUGCCAUCAACCGAACUUUCAGUCGAGGAAACCAUGGGAGGCGCAAACAGCACGGCGCGCGAAUACCAAAGCAACGCCCCGGUCAAGCAGGUCAUCGGAAACUAUUCCAAGGUUAUAGGACAGAAGGAGGAGCGUACCUACACCAACCGCAACGCCGUCCGGAUCAUCGUGAUCAACGCCAUCGGCCACAUGGCGGUUCUGGAAGACAAAGACAAAAGCUACUACAGCCUACCCAACGGUAUCGUCGCGUACGAUGCAGAUCACCAGAAUGCGGGCGAAGAAAGCGUUAAAGAGCAACUCGGUUGCGAGGUUGUGGUGUAUGAGGAGUGUAUUGCGGCGGCGGAAGAGUGGAGGGGUGAUUUGCAUCAGCAGUCUUUUUGCUAUGUUGCGAGAAUGAUGGAGGAUAAGGAGAAGACUGAACUACUGUCUGUGGAGGGCCGGGAUGGAUUGCAGAUUAUGUGGGUUGAGGUCAACGAGGCUAUCGGGAUGAUGAAGAAGUCGAAGCCUACGUCGGAGUUGGGCAAAUCGGUUAGGGAGAGGGACUUGUUCUUUGUGAAGGAAUAUGAUAGGCUGCUAUGGUCAGGAGGAUUGCGAGCCAUGUACGAUGAUUGGUUCAAGGUUUGA